AUGGUUCUGCCCAUUUCUCAGAGGAGGAAACUGAGGCUAGCCAGAGGGACUCAGUGCGCCCAGUGUGGACACCAGUGCCGCUGGGACACGCCAGGGCUGCCUUGUCCCCACCCGGGGCACACGCUGCCUCGGGGCUCCCCGUUUCCACGUGGGCAACUGGGCCCUGGGGGGCAUCGUCCCCUCCAGCCGGGGGCUCCGGACAGGGCUGGGGAGGGCGGGGCCUGCCUGACUCCCUCUUGUCACCACCCAGCCGUGGCCCUGCAAUGCUUCACCUGCCAGGAGCCAACGGGGGUGUUCAGCUGCGUCCUCAUCACCACCUGCAAGGCCAACGAAACCAUGUGCAAGACCACACUCUACUCCCGGGAGAUCGUGUACCCCUUCCUGGGGGACGUCAUGGUGACCAAGACCUGCGCCAGCAAGUGUGUGCCCUCGGACGUGGACGGCAUCGGCCUGACACGGCCGGUGUCCUGCUGUCACACUGACCUGUGCAACGUGGGCGUGGGCGGGGCGCCUGCCCCCCGCGGCCCCUGUGGCCUGGCCCUGGCCCUCGCGCUGGCCUUCCUCCUGAGCCUCCCCCUCUCGUGCCCCCCCCCCCCGCCCGGCCGGAAUGCCCUUGAAGAAGCUCGCCCACCUGCACCAGGCCUCCCGGUCUUCUUUCUGGGGCGUCCCCACCUGCGUCUCGGGCUGUCACCUGAAGCCUGAGCCCCCCUCUUGCCCCCACCUACUGCUCUCUCCUCAUCACACCAGUCAGCACAUCGCGGCCUCCCCGCCGUCCCCCUGGGAGCGAGGAUGGUCACCAGCUGGGACACGCACAGACCUCUGGGGCUUGGCUGCUGGCUGGGGGUGGGGGGCGGGAGAUGGGACCCCAGGUGCAGGGGGAACACCGCACCCACCAGAGCCAGGUCAGGGUGGCUUCUCGGAGGAGGAGGCAGUAGGGCAAGGCCUUCCACGACGGAGAGGUUGGGUGGAGGGGGCGCCAGGCCAGGAGGAAGGGCCAGGCCGGCCAGCAGUGACCCCGGACCAGGCACAACUCCCGGAAGCACCCACUGCCACUCACCCGGCCCACGGCCAGGCCCAUGAAGAGGUCUCCCCGUGGCAGGGGGUGCUGAGAGGUGUGGGGGAGCCCCUGAGUGUCCACGCCCCGUUCUCCAGGCCCCACUCCCAGUGUCCAGAGAAACCCAGGCUCCAGUGCAGAGGGACCUUCACUUCACCUUGGACUUGGGCCGGCACCAACCCCCAGAGGGCUGCCCCUGUCUA